AUGCAGCACAGUAACCCGCUAAAGAUGGGCUUUGCCGAGGCGCGCAAGGUGGGCGAGGGAGGCUUUGGGCGCGUCUACCGCGCCGACGCGCUGCCGUCGCUUCCGCGCGUCGCUUGCGGGUUCGCCGUCAAGACGGCGCUGGUCGGUGUCGGCGCCCAAGGCCUCGCCGAGCUGCAGAGCGAGGUGCGCACGCUCAGCGCGGCGUGCCACCCGUCCCUCCUCCCUCUCCUCGGCGUCUGCCUGGCGCCGGCGAGAGCGUGCCUCGUCUACCCCCUCUGCCGCGGCGGCAGCCUCGAGGACCGCCUCUACCGCGCUCCAGCCGCACUGCAGCGGCUCCGCAUGCUCGGCUUCGAGACGCCGCCUCCGCCGCUCUCCUCCGCCGCACGGCUCCGCGUGCUGCGCGACGCGGCGAGCGCGCUGCACUACCUGCACACGCUCUCUCCGAUGAUCCUGCACCGCGACGUCUCGGCGGGCAACAUCCUGCUCGACGAGCGCGGCAACGGAUACCUCGCAGACGUGGGCCUCGCGCGCGCGGCAGAGGCGACGGCCGGCGGACAGGUCUCGCACCUGUCGACGCAGCGUAUCUUUGGCAAGCCCGGCUACAUGGACUCGAUCAUCAUGCACGACGGUCAGGCUUCGCAGCUCACCGAUGGCUUUGCGCUCGGCAUCACGCUGCUCGUCGCCCUGACCGGCCGCGGCGCUCUCGGCUUGCUCAACGCGUGCGACGAUGCAUUGGAGGAGCCCGACACGGCGGAGAGCAUCGCGGCGGCCGACGCGGGCUGGUCGGCGGCGCAGGCCCAGGAGCUGGCGCGGCUCGUGGUCGGGCUGGCUCUCGUGAGGAAGAAGAGGCGGAUGCCGCUCGCAGAGGCAUUGCCGCGGCUGGAGGCGCUCGUCGAAGCGGCGGGGGAGGUGGAGGAGACGGCUGGGGCCGAGGAGCGCCUGUGUGACCUCUGCUGGGACGCGCCGCGUUCGGUCCGCUUCGCGUGCGGCCACGCGCUGUACUGCGAGGCGUGUGCGCCGCGCGUGCUGGAGCGCGACAGCAACUGCCCGGCCUGCCGCCAGCCGGCGCUGCCCAUCGCCGCAACUGGGCGGCUGGUGGCGGCGCAGACGACGUUUGUCCACCAGCCGCCCUCGCGCCCCGCGCCCCAGGCUCAGCCUGCAGGCGCCACGGCGGCGUUGGUCAAAGGGCGCGGCAAGUGGUCUCCGUCGGAAGCGACGGCAGCGGCGGAUUGCGAUCUACGUUUGUUUGAUUUUGAGGCUUUCGGAGGCUUUGGAAAGGAGGUUCGCAGCACCCUGAGGGAGGCGGCGAACCAGCUGAGCAACAAACUUUCGCACGCUCAGCACCUGGACGAGGUCACAUGGACCACCAAGAACUGGCACGGGCUGCAGAUGCAGCGCUUGUCUGUCGUCCUCCACACCGCCGUGGCGUGGCAGACGGUGAACGAGCUAGCGUGCGGGGAGAGCGGCAUUGUGCAUGGUGCGGAGUGCAUUGCCGUUCUUAACGGAGUCGCUUAG